GGCGAGGCCGUGCCAGAGGCAGCCACAGUUUCUUCGCCCAAGUUUCCCAUCCCUCUCAUCUCAGAUUCGACCUUCACAAGGAACUCCCUAAAUCCACAUCAGUGCUGGAGUGCUACACCCGACGAGGUUCCGUUCUCCGUCUGGUGCAAUUGACUUUGCCUUUCCCCGAUCCCACUGUGCUUCCCACCCAUCCGUCUCUUGCCAUCUGCCUCGUGCUCUUGUUCUUCCUCGUACCAUUCGCCUUCGAGCACCUCUCGACCCAAUAAAGAACUCCCUGCCGAUUCCGACAGACCUCCCGAUCCAUAACCCGUUUCGAAAAGGGGCUGUACCAUGUCGAGACGACCUCCCAAUCCCGCUGCUGAGAGAGCAGCCCAAAACCAGCAGACCAUCAAGAGUCUGUUGAAACUAGAGGCCAACAAGAUAUGCGCCGACUGCAAGAGAAACAAACACCCGCGAUGGGCGAGCUGGAACCUGGGCGUCUUCAUCUGCAUCCGAUGCUCUGGCAUCCAUCGAGGGAUGGGCACCCAUAUAUCGAGAGUCAAAUCGGUCGACUUAGACUCGUGGACCGACGAGCAAUUACAAAGCAUCCUGAGCUGGGGCAACGCACGUGCGAACAAGUAUUGGGAGGCCAAGUUAGCUGCUGCCCAUGUGCCGUCCGAGGCCAAGAUCGAGAACUUCAUCAGGACCAAAUAUGAGCUCAAGCGAUGGGUCAUGGACGGCCCGAAGCCGGAUCCCGCCACCUUGGACGUCGACGGCGACGACGAUGUCCCACUUAGCAUCGUCAAAGAGAAGCAGAGCAUAGAUAGGAAGGAGUCUAUUCGGAAGAGCUCGGUCGGACAACAAGCGGCACCGCAAAGAGCCAUCACUCCUCAAGCGGAUCUUAUCAGUGGCGCUGACAUCCCCCCCAGAGCUAGCACUGCCUUACCUCCGCCGUCGCAAGUCCCUCCCAAGUCAGCUCCAGCGCCGCCGAAGGCGGUGAACACCACCAAAGAUUCGCUCCUAGGUUUGGAUUUUCUGGGAGAGGCCCCCGCCGCUCCCCCGCGUCCCGCUAGCACGAACCCGGGUGGUCUAGGUGGCGGUCAGUCGAGGCCCGACCUCAAGCAGUCCAUCUUAUCCCUCUAUGCGUCGGCUCCGCGGCCACAGCCCCCACCGCAACAGCCGUCGCAUUCUCCAUCUGGAUCCUUUGGGGGCUUCGGAGGAACGCAAUCAGCCUCGUUACAGUCUCCUCCCAUGGGUCACCAGCCCAAGAAGUCAGCUGGUGGUGGGCUCGAUGAUGCCUUUGCUAACUUGAGCUUCGGAAGUGUGGCACAGCCGAAGAGUCCUCAAAUAGAUGCCUUCGCGGGCCUGACGGCUAUGUCUGGCAAUCGCUCUACCCCUAAGCCUACAAGUACUUCGUCAUUCCCUAGUCUCAGUGGGGGCAGCUUCUUCGACUCGAAGCCUACCCCACCGGCGCCGCAACAUAGUUCGAAGCCGUCGGCAACGGGCUUCGAUAAUUUCGGCGCUUUCAAUUCAUCCGCCGCGACGCCGAAGCCCGCGCAAUCUUCUUCGGCAGCUUUAGGUGACCUCUUCGACUGGUCUACCCCGGCGCCCCAACCGGCCGCCGCACCGGCUCCCAAGCCUGCUCCCGUGUCAUCGUCAACUAGCAAUUCCGUCUUCAAUCUUUCCGCGAAGCCAGCGCCGGCGCCAGCGCCUGUGUCGGCCACGACGACUUCUCUGAACACAUCUAUACUUAAUACUUCGGAUGUUUGGGGGAACGCAUGGAGCAAUCCCGAUCCCACUCCAACCUCAGCAUCGAAGACUCCCAUUGCCACCAAGAGUCCCGCCACUAGUGGCGGUAUCGACUUUGGCGGCUGGGGUAGUGGUACUGGGGGUUCCUUCGCUAACCAGAGUCUGGUGCCGGGCACUUCCGGAGGAUUUGCUCCAGCACCCAAGGUAGCGGCCGAUGAGGAAUUCGGCGGUUGGACUAGCAGCGCAGGCGGAAAUUCGAACGCGAACGGGGGUACCAAGUCUGGCGGAUUUGGGAAUGACGAUUUAUUCUCCAACGUUUGGCAGUAAGUUGCCGGCAGCAUGUGUAGCUAGGGAGGGCAGGGGCGCAUCUUUUGGAAGCGAUACGAAGAGAUUAGACGAGACUAGCUGAGAUAUCCAUCGGGUCGCUCUCUUCCUAUCGAAAUAUUA